AUGUCCGAUGGCGUGAUUCCAGAAGAACGUGAACAGUACGAGACGGUGGCAAUGCAAAACAAUGCCUACGACACAAUGGCGUCUAUGGGACAGCCAGCCGAAAACAACGCUGUUCACUAUGAGCCUCCAAGUUUUCGUCAACAGAUUACCUGUGCCAAAACCAACCUAGCUGAAGGCGACCGAACUCGAUUCAUUGGUGAGGUGUCUCCGACAGGCGAUUCCACUCUUCAAAUCGACUGGCUUAAAGAUGGAGAGCCCAUAGUAAUAGGCAGCCGUUUCAGUAGUAUGUUUGAUCGUGGCAUGGUCGUUUUGGACAUCACCUGUUGCUACCCCGAGGAUAGUGGAUCCUACGUCUGCGUUUUAACUAACAAAGCCGGUCGUGUUGAGAGUUCACCAAUUUCCAUCACUUGCGAAGCUGGAGCUCGAAUCGUCACGAAUUCUAAUCUCUCGGAGAGCUCAGUUAACCAACUAAAGCAGCUGGAUAAUCCUGAUGGUGAUUACAAUCAUUUUGAGCAGACACCUGAUCCGAUUCCACCCUCAUUCACUGGAGCCAUUGUACCUCCCCAACUCACCACUGUCGAGACCAUGGAUGCUUACUUUGAGGUGCCCGUUGAAACUGGAAAUGGCGUCAAGGUCAAUUUUGUGUGGCUCCAAAAUGGCGAACCUGUUCAUUUCGGCUCCCGUAUCAACGGAAAACUCGAAAUGGGAAUGGCAAGUCUGAGCUUCAAGUAUGUGCUUGCUUCGGAUAUGGGUUCCUAUGUGUGCUGUGUCACCACUGAACAUGGAGAAGCUCAAAGCCAGCCUGCUGAAUUGGUUGUUGAGACCACCAAGAAUCUCGACAUGGAAACCCAACUGAAGGCUCCAAAUGGUCUCCAAGCUGUUAAGGCCCUCGAAGAAAUGCUGAAUGCGCCCAAACCCGACAACUUCCAAGAAGAAGGCCCAGCGGCUAUGCCUACUAUUGUUAUUCAACCGAAACCUGUUGGAAGCUGCGUUGAAGAUGAGCCUGUAGAAUUCCGUCUGCAAUACGAGCCAUCAACUGAUGCAAUAAUAGGGGUUUCCUGGUUUAGGUGCAAGGAUGGUGAGCCACUGACAAACGGGACACGUUUCCAUGUUGAAUAUGAACGUGGUAUUGCCAGCCUGUUGAUUCGCCAUACUAUUCCUGAGGACAGUGGUGUCUAUAGCUGCAUGAUCGCUAAUGCCACAGGCACAGUUGAAAGUGACCGUCUCGAACUCCAGUGUACUCCAAGCGCCGCCAUCAUCACUCAAAGCAAUCUGCUUGAGGGAUCGGAAGGUUACAAACUCAUUCAAGCUAUUGAACAAGGCAAUGAAUCGUUUGAUACUGCACGUUACGCCGAUGAAGAGCAGACCCCGACACCUCCAAGUAUUGACGUGCAACUCAACCCAGCAGAGGUCAUUUUAGGCUCUCCAGUGCGUUUCUUGGUACGCAUGAGUGGCUACCCAACACCCGAAAUCGAGUGGUUUAUUGAUGGCGAACCCGUUCACCAGGAUUCCAUUAUCAAAGCUCUUAGUGACGGCGGUAUCAGUGUGCUUGAGAUCAAUAAAACCCAAUUCGAAUUGGGUGAACACGAGAUCAGAGUUCGUGGAUCAAAUAGUCAGGGUAACAUUGAAGCCAGCACUCAAAUGAUUGUUCAUCCAGCCGAUUACAAGCUUCCCGAUCUCAAGCACGUAAUGCCAGAAAAUCCAUUCAGACGACAAGCUCAAUUGAAGCACGUAGAGCGCACUGAAGAAUUGAGCAAAGCCUUUUCGAAAGCUAAACCGAAACCGGAGAAGAUCAUCCAAAUGGAACAAGGUACUGAGAUACGAGUCAAGACCUUCCGUUCUCCUGAGGUAGUAGCAGCUGAGGAACUACUUACUAAAGUUACCACUGGUCUUAGAAAGUCAAACAGAUUCAGAAAUAUUGUUUAA